GGAGAAGGAAACUUUUCUUGCCCGCUGCCGCCGGAGAAUGGUUUUCUUAAUGCAACUUCUCUGCUGAAUUCUGAGAAGGCCGUCCAAGAACUUCUUCAACGGUCUCCGUUAAUGGAGACUGAUGACCACCUUGUUGAGUUCUCAGAGGCCUUGAGAACUGUUGCAAAAGCAUUAAGAAGGGCAGCUGAGGGAAAGGCUUCUGCACAAGCUGAGGCAGCUGAAUGGAAGCGAAAAUUCGAAUUGGAGAGGACAAGAAAUCUUCAACUUGAGCAUAAAGGGCAGUCACCUGCCGAACGAAAUGGUUAUUUGGAUAGUAAAAGAUCAAGGAAUCAAACCACAGAUGCUACAGAGCAAUCAGAAUGGUGUUGUGGAUCAAAUGGAAUAUGUUCUCAUGAAGUUCUUCAAGAUGGGGACAUUGAUUCUGUUUCUCAGAGGACGUCCAAAAAAUAUAUGAGAAAGGCAUCUUUUAAACUUUCUUGGUGCUGCCAUGGUGAGGAUAGUGAUCAACAUAAACAUGAUGUUGUCUCCUUUGAAAAAGGAAACAUAACAACUGCAGAGCGUAGCAGUCGACAGAUUUCUUUGAAGUGGGAAUCUCAACCUCAGACUGUGCUUAUAUUGACCAAACCAAACUCGAUAUCGGUUCGAAUUCUUUGUUUUGAGAUGGUCAGAUGGUUGAGAGAGCAUAAAGGUCUUCACAUUUAUGUUGAACCACGUGUGAAAAGCGAGCUUCUGAUGGAGUCGGAGUUCUUCAACUUUGUUCAAACAUGGAAAGAUGACGAGGAAAUUAUGCUCCUCCACACUAAAGUUGAUCUUGUGGUUACUCUUGGUGGAGACGGAACUGUACUUUGGGCAGCAUCAAUGUUUAAAGGACCAGUUCCUCCCCUUGUUCCGUUUUCUUUAGGGUCUCUGGGUUUUAUGACCCCUUUUUACAGCGAGCAUUACAGAGAAUGCUUGGAUUCAGUUCUAAAGGGUCCAAUCAGUAUCACACUGCGACACCGACUGCAGUGCCAUGUUAUUCGAGAGUCAGCGAGAAAUGAAUAUGAAACUGAAGAACCCAUACUCGUGCUGAACGAGGUUACAAUUGAUCGUGGAAUAUCGUCAUACCUUACAAAUUUGGAAUGUUAUUGUGACAAUUCAUUUGUAACUUGUGUCCAAGGGGAUGGACUAAUACUUUCAACAACUUCUGGCAGCACAGCAUAUUCAUUGGCUGCUGGGGGAUCAAUGGUACAUCCUCAGGUUCCUGGCAUUCUGUUCACCCCAAUAUGUCCGCAUUCAUUGUCUUUCCGACCCUUGAUAUUACCGGAGCACGUAACGAUACGCAUACAAGUCCCUUUCAAUAGCAGGGGCCAUGCAUGGGCGUCUUUUGACGGGAAGGACAGGAAGCAAUUAGCAGCAGGAGACGCACUUGUGUGCAGCAUGGCGCCAUGGCCAGUGCCCACAGCGUGCCAGGUAGAUUCGACAAACGACUUCUUACGCAGCAUUCACGAUGGCCUUCACUGGAAUCUAAGAAAGACACAGUCCUUUGACGGACCUCGAGAUGCAUAACCAAAUCACCCCAACAACUCUGCGGAAGAAAGCAGUUGAUCUGGUCGGUUGGUAUCUAUCUAACUUAUUUAUAUAUUAUGCCACAAAUCUUAGUUCUGCCUCAGAAACGAAUAGUUGUAGUAGUAGGGGGGAAGAUUAGGAAAGAAAAUCACUGAAUAACAGUGGUUUUCUUUGAUAUUAUUUAUGGAUUCAGCUCAAGGCUCAAGCUGAUGAGCCCAUAUCUUGAAUAAGGUGUAUAAUAGAAUCAGUGCUGACAAAUUUUUGAAAAGUAAGCAAUAGAUAUCAUUGUGAUCUUACUGUUCUUAGUAUGUAUGAUUAGUGUCAAAAAAAAGCCUGUAGAUGGAUCAAAAUGUACCUUUUUUUACAUGUAACAGUUUUUAUGUCAUAAAUCAAAGUUUGUCUUUCUAGA